AUGACGCUGCUGGCUUCCGAGAGGUCGCUCCUCAUCCGGAACAAAUUCCGCACAGUCCUUCAGCUGAGGAUCCAAAACCGAAGGCUGAGUGAAAUCAAUGCCGACUCAGGGUUGAAAUCUGCAUCACCUUCUCAUAAAACAGAGAAAAAACAGAAAGAAGCUCAACGUCAAACCGAGGAAGGUGCCUCUCAGAAGUUGCCCCCUGGUGGUCUGAACCCUGAGACUGCACAAGAGAGGACGGUAUGUGGGGUCCAGAGGCAGAGGAAGGCUCGCCUGACUCAAGACCUCACUGAGAAGAUCCGAGGACCUCCAUCAGCCGCAGAGCAACAGCUGGAGCGCACGGUGCCCCCGGAGAACUGUCCGCUCACUUUCUCUGCAGAUGUUUUCGAAGAUGACAUCUCCUCCUCCUUGAUCUCCGAGCAUCACCAGUCGGCGCCGGUUUCCUUGUUGCCCGUGCUCCCAGUUGACCAAUCAUUAAGUGACUGCUCAGCUGUGGGCCUGACCCUCAAUCAGAGUCCCAGUCAUGCACAGUCUAGUUUGGCGUUGCUCCCGGCAACCGUGGGCAUCAGACAACCUCUGAGUGUAGCACUGGGCGAACCAAACUCCAUGGCAACAACUGGAAGACAAAAUGGGAUGUAUCCUACCUCUCAGACGACACCCUUACUGCCAAAGACAGCUCGGCCCCCCAGCCCCACCUGCUCCUCGUCUCUGGCCCCUCCCUUAAACUUUAACCAUCUCCCUCGCCCGCGGAAACCACGGGACAUCAAACCCAAAAUGAGAAAACUCAAGUAUCACCAGUACAUUCCUCCAGACCAGAGGGGAGCGUCUGGGACUGGAGUGGGAGGAGCCAAACAGCAGAGCCCGACCACCCCUACCCAGUCUUUAGACCCGGCCUAUUCCCAUCUCCUAACACAGCAGCAGGUCUUCCUUCAGCUCCAGAUCCUGCAGAGCCAACAGCAGCAGCAGCUCCAGCCUCCACAGCAGCUCACAGUAGUACCCAGUGGAGAUCAUAAUGAUCUUGUAAAGACUUCUGGUGCCACGUCUCUGAGUCGCCAACCUGCUCCUGCCCCAUCAAACCCACCCUCCAUGGACACAAACCAUGGAUCCAAACCUGAGCCGCUUCCUGCAAACCUUGUGGAUUUAACAGUGUCGGAGUUGCGGCAACAGCUACGUAAGCGUGGCCUCCCCGUCUCGGGCACCAAGCCUGCCUUGUUGCAACGACUUCGUCCCUUUCAGCUUCUGCCAGCGGGCCCCAACCCUGCUCCCCUAUGCAAACUGGGCACCAGCCCGGAGCCCCUCACUCCUUCCCCGUCGCUACCACCCAGUCACAGCCCUGGCUCAGGCCUCAGCUCUGGACUGGACUCGCCCAGCAGCAGCCCGAACCAACAGCUGUACAUCCAAGAUGGAGGAGCUCCUAAUGGGAUUCUCUGUGACGUUUCGAGCAGAGAUCCAACUGGAACUCUGAGCGCCGUCCCAAACGGAUACGCAAACGCAGCGUCAGUCAGUUUGGCGGGUGAACAGUGCCGCCUCACCAGCGCCGUCUUCUUGGCUCCUGCCAGCACCGCCUCAGGACUUCCGAGUCCCAGUUUACCCGUGUCGUCCUCCUCACCCCUGCAGUGUGGGACUCCCUGGAAAAGUGAAAGCGAGCAGCUGCAGCAGCAGCUGAGUGUGGAGCUGCAGAUGAGGGGGAGGAAGAGGAGCAGGCUCAGUCACUCCUCCAUGCACGUUGGCAAUGAGUCCAGUGAGGGAUCCCUUCAUCCGUUCCUGCAACAGGAUCCAGGGUGCUUUAGAGGGAAGCCAGAAAUAAAUGCGCAAACAGAAGUGUUGUUGACUCAGCCGUGUGAUGUGAUCGGCCAUGACUUUGAGCUGCCACUGCAGAUUACGGCAAGUCCCGUUCAGGCCUCACCUGGCAUUCGAAGCUUGGAGGAAGAACUGCAGGAGGCUAUCCAGAAGGCACAGAUGGACCCUCGACAGUCCAUAGACGACAUUCUUAAUGAGCCCAUUACUUGUGACGGCUCUUAUAAUGUCUCUGAUCAUAAAUCCCCCGCCCACUCAGUCCUGGACCCUUCUUCUUCUUCUUCUCAAACCGAGCAGUUCCAGUCCUUUCAGCAACAAGAUGACAACUUCCUUCCCUCGCCACUUUGCUCUUCUCUUCUCCUGGAGCUUCCACCAUCUCCUGCUGUAAUAAACCCAAGUCAGGUUGUACCUGCUCCUCCUCCUCCGCCAAUCUGCAUCUCCCCUCCUCCCGCCACAAGAAAGUCACGGAAACGACGAUCCGCUACGUUGUUUGACGCCGCCGACUGGCUUGAGACCCUAACGUCUGGCCUUUACCCUCUUACCCCACCGAAAGCUCCCUUUAUUGAGUCCGACUUCAGUCUGGAUUCCGAUCUGAAUGUGAACCGAGUACUGGAUCUACUGGUAGAGCAGUGGUAAAGACUUGGAAGAAGUGCACCGCAUUUAUGUUUGGAUAACCAUUUUAUAUGUACAGCAGCUGAGCGUGGUUUUUCCAAUAGUCCUGGAUGUAGUGAAGUGUUUACAUUCUCUUAGGGAACAGUUUCUAACGUCCAUGAGGCUGUCAGAGUCACCGGCUCCACGCAAUGUCGAGAACUGGUUUCAUUACAGCCAUCCUCAGUUUUGGUGGGGAAAUGAGAACAAAAAUACACAAACACACACACACACACAUAUGUCCGUGCACCCUAAGAGCACACAGACACUGCAAAGCACCGUUUUAAAGCACGUUGGCUCA